UCGACUCGUCGAUUGGGUCGAGAGAAAGCUAGAGGCAGGCUGUCAUACGGACUGGAUGUAGAAUCAUUUCCCCAGUUUUGAGAGGAAGAAUCGGAUAAAAUGCCGUCGCUUUUAUUCUGUGGGCCAAAAUUGGCCGCAUGUGGAAUCGUGUUAAGCAUCUGGGGUGUCAUUAUGCUGUCAAUGCUAGGAAUUUUCUUCAGUGCAAAAUCUGCUGUGCUGAUCGAAGAUGUUCCAUUUACUGAGGAAGACAUCCGUGAUGACAAGAAUCCACCGCAGACUAUUUACGGACUCUACAACCAAGUUGGCAUCAACUGCUUCAUUGCUGCUGCCAUCUAUGUAGGUGUCGGCGCAGUGUCUCUCUGUCAGGUUCGCCUUAACAAGCGCCAGGAGUACAUGGUCACGUAAACCCAAACAAUUUCAUAUUCAACUGCAAUUAGUCAGAAUUAUUUAUUUCUAAAAGACUUCUCCAUGAUUUAUGCAGAUUGUCUGAAUUGGAUAUAUUUGGUAGUUCAUCUUCGGGUCAAAAUCUAAACAAGAUAUUAUGAAUAAAAAGUGAAAAUCAAUAUAUAUAUAUAUAUAUAUAUAUAUAUAUAUAUGCACAUAGACACACGAUGUGCAUAUAUAUGCAUGCUAUGUAUUAUAUUUUCCACAAAUAUUCAGAUCUUUGGCUCCACAUUCUCUAUUAUAUAAAUAAACAAAAUGAGCAGAAAGUCUUUACUUUAACAGCUGUCUUCUGAUGAACCUAAAAGACACUAUUAAACACUAGGAGUCCAUAUGAUAGUAGCUGGUGUUCAUGUAGAAUGUGACUGUUUGACUUUUUUUUUUUUUUCUCAUUGUUUAAAUGUUUGUUUGGUAAAAUAAAUGUCUGUUGUUUUAUUGAAGUAAAUCCUGCAACCCUUGUGCUGUACACUUGAUAUUAUCACAACUGUGAUCAACAAGAUAUGUGAAUGGAGAAGUCUUACAUUUCCUUCAAUAAAAUACUAGUGACAAAAUA